AUGACACAGAAGUCUUGGCUCGAGCUAUCGGACGACGAUGAGGAGGCGGACUCCGGUCAGGUGCGCCAAAUUUUAGAAGAGCGCCUGCGCCGACGGAAAGAAGAGGCGGAGAAGAUUACCGCGGGAUUGCAGCGCAGCCAGACGGUAGGUCACACGUCGGCGAGGAAGGUGUCCAAUUACGGGUUGCAGUCGACGACGUCUUACGGUGGUUUCCAUAACAGUUCCCAUCAAGGUGGUUCCCAUCAAGGUGGUUCCCAUCAAGGUGGUUCCCAUAACGGCGGUUCCCAUAGCGGCGGUUUCCAUGGCGGCGGUUUCCAUGGCGGGGGCGGUGGCGCGCCGCGGAAGGUGGCCAAUUACGGAUUGGAGGAGCGGCCUGCGCGUAAUGCGGCCGGCGUCCGGUCGGUAGCGAGUGUGGACCUGACGCCUCCGGCGACGCCUUUGUAUAGUGAGGUGGAUGACGACAUUGUGUUUUCCGAGACGUUCGAUAUUUGGUACACAGAUCCCACAGCGUUAAGCACACGCGGGACCAGCAAGGACUUGUACGAGACGGCGUGCUGCUAUGUGGGUAACUUCAACAAGUUGUCAGAAUUUUACGCGUUCCACAAUGCCAUCGAUUGGGAUCAUAUCCCCGACGGUAGCGUAGUCGCCUACUGCCGUAAAGACGUCAAGCCACAAUGGGAGGACCCGAGAAAUGAGGACGGCGGCCGAUUCCUCUUCAAGCAUUGGCCACGGCCGGAAGCCGAACGUAUCUUCACCAAAAUCGCACUCGGCUUUCUAUCUGGCAUGCUGCUAGACUGGCCCAACUACAACCUCGUCUCGCUCCACGUACGCUCCUCUGCCCGCGGCUCGGACAUCCAACUCUGGCGCAAGUGCCAACACCAAGGCACCGGCCUCACCACCGGCCUAGUACUGAGCGAUAUCCGUAACCUCUUCUUCGCCGGGGAAAAAGACCCCACCGAAAAGGAUACCGACAGCGGCCGGAUCAAGAUCGGGAACGCCACCGUGACCUGGAUGGUAAACUUCAGCAGCGUCGCACGUAACGGCAAUCGACUGCAACAUUUCGAACAACGAAAAAAGAAUCUCCGCUCCAGCACUUCCUUCGGAGGACCCAGCUCCGGAGAACCCUGUUCCGGAGCCAGCGGUUCUGCGUCGACCACCAGUCCUGCGUCAACCGCCGGUCCUGUUUCGAGCGGUCAUGCCAUGUCCAGCGGUGCUCGGAAAUUCAAGUUCGGAGGACUCGCGGAGUUGCUGUCGCAUGACGACACCACCCCGGGCAGCGCCUCCAGCUCCUGUCGAGACUUUGGCGAGGCGUCCAGUCCCGGCGGUGGCAGUACUUCCGGGUCGCCUGUUUGGACACCCGGGUCACCGGGCAACGGACUGACCCGGACGCGCACCUACGCCAGCCCACGGAGCCCCUACCCGGACUACGACGCACCGGUGCAACUGCAGGCCUACCAACGAGCCAUUGCUCUCAAGCAACAGGGACAGGGGCAAUAA